GAUCUGACCGACAUGCUAUAGCAUGUUGUGGCUACGAUUAGCGGCUCAAGGCAUUUUUUGAGCACGGGCUACGCAGGCUACGUAUGGCUUCAAGAUCGCCUUUGUGCGGCUUCGUGAUCUCUGAAACAACCGAAUCAAGCCGAAGCCAAAGCUCUGUGGUAUUGGCGUGGCUUUGGUAGCUGCGGCGCCUGCGCGCCACAUUCCCGCUAAAGCUUUGAUUAUCGUUUGAAACGCGAGACGCUAACAAUUUCAGUUAUUUAGGUGGAAGUCGGCGUUGCAGAGACGACGAAUGGACUUUCGCAACGACGAGACGUGCACGCGUACCCUACAUAAAAGUGCUGUUACUUGUGAAGUGCUAAUGCCCGAAGGUCGUAGCCGGUUGCUUCCCGCGUGAUACAUCUCGGCGACGCAACGUAAGCAAAUGGAAUAAACUGACGCUGUGGCAGUAUGUCCUCGCAAGAUCAAGACGAGUGCAGCAACAGUUGCAGAGCUGCGGACGCAUCUUCGGAGGACAACGAGUUCGUACAGGCGAUCAAAAUUGAAGGCUCUCGCUAUUUCCUCCACACCGUAGCAAAGCCCUCCGCCGCAAAGCCGACGGAGUACGAGCUCGUACUUGGCGACGGUCAUCGUUGUUUCAGCGGCCACGUGCAGGUCCCCGAUGGGUCAGAAGAGACGGCGCGUGCAUUCGACGCAGCGCUCACCUCAGGCGGUCGCGAUUUCGUCUACCGUCUCAAGCCGGCCGGCGAAGAGCAAGCUCGCUUCUCGUGGCUGCGACGGGUGUCGCACGGAAUGCUGUCCCGAAUAAACGAAACGCUGCUGCGGCGCGACGACGACGGUAGCCCCAGGUUGCUCGAGGCUGCACUGCGCAUCGUGGAACAGCGCGACGCGAACCUGGCCCGACUGCGCGACGAGCUCCAGAGGACGCAGGCCGAGCAGGCGCGGACACUGGAAGCCCUGCAAAGGAGCGUGCGCCUCAAGGAGGAAUUGGAAACCGAGCUGUACGCAAAGUUCAGCCUGGUGCUCAACGCGAAGAAGCGCUUCAUCCGCGACCGGACCACGACAGGACAGACCGCCGCAGUGGACGAAGCCACUGCCAGCACCUCUGCCAGCCCGCCGGCGUCCGUGCCCGAUCUACUGGACCGGCUAGUGUCAGGACAGUGAGGCAUCACUAUAUGAUGCUAUGGCCACUAAGUAUGUGACCCAUCCUUGUGCGGCUGCCUGCAGCCAUUGUGGUGCCUGUGCUAGCAUUGUGAAUUUCACACGCAUCAAACAAUAUGCAUAAAAUACUGCACAUUUUGAA